ACAAAAAAGAAAAUUUAACAACUAACUACUUGUUCAUAUUGCAUGAAAUGUGGGUUUUAAAAUUGCCAAGACUCUUGAUUUUGUAACAAUCAGGAGGGAAGUGAUGAACAUCACAUAUUGCAACACUUCCGAUAAUAUGAGUGUUCCCUAAAACGUAAAAGACAAGGAGGCAGCCCUAUUUGUAGCUGUAUAACCAUUGCAAUUGCAAGUCUUUCCAUCUUCUCUGAGCCUCAAGACUACGAUACAAAGAUAAAUGAGACAAAGAAGUUUUCAAAUAUAAGGAAGAAAAGAUGCUUGCUUGUCUUGGACUCAUCUUCAUGACACAGUGGCUGCUGCUGGUUGCCCAGAUGUAUGAUGAUUGGCAGUGCACAAACUGGGAGAUGUCAGAUUCACCCAUCCAAAAUUUGAUGCUGAAUUGGUGGAAAACAGAACUGAGUUGGAUCAGCACCAUGAAUUUCACUACAUACAGCUGUUCUAUGACAGUAUAUAAUAAUGUGGUCGAAAUACAGGAAAAGAAUACAAACUGCAUCUUUGGAAGAAAUCUAGCGUAUCCUCUGCACAACGGGGCAAACUUUUCAGUUAAAGCAGAGAGCACUAAUAGUACAUACUCAGUUACAUGCAAGUAUAUUCCUCAAGGCAUUAAUGGGUCAGCCAUUGAGAACUUCUCCUGUGUGAUUUAUGACAUUUCCCUCAUGAACUGCACUUGGCAGGCAGGCAGGAAUGCUCCAGGAGAUACCCAAUAUUUUCUCUACUGGCAGAACUCAAGAGAUGAUGAUGUAAUGGAAUGUGAGCUUUACAUUGAAGAUGAAAAUGGUAGACAUGUGGGAUGUAGAUUCAAAAACGUGAAGAUAGAGAAAUCUUAUUUUUUGGUGAAUGGGUCUAGCAAAAACUCCCUGAUCCAGUUCUACGACACAGAUAUUGACCUAUACACGAUUGUUUUGCUGUUAACUGGAGCUGUGUAUUUCUUUUGGAUGCAGUUUUUGUAUAAGCAAACAUCUCUGCCAGAUUGCACUAACCAUUUGAUUGACCUUGAAGCUGAUCCUGAGGAAAGAAUCAAAAACACAUCUAGAACGGAAAGAAUCAUCACAGGAAAUUCCUAUAUAUUUGACAGCUUCAAUGCAAAUGAAAGGUACAGCGUCAAAAUCAGAGCUACUAACAAUGACUGCUUAGUGAGCGAAAACUGGGGGGAAUGGAGUACACCUGUAGAGUUUGGAAGAGAACAACUGACAUCUAUUUCAUCAUACACAUUACUUCUGAUAUCAGCAAUAGCAGCAAGCCUCGUACUUUUCUUCUGCAUCAUAACCAUUUAUUUGAAAACAGUACCUGCUAUUGUACUACAGCCAAAAGAUCUGUUCCAUGAUAUCUCUCCAGUGAAUUUCCAGACAGAGAAUCAAUUCAUAAAGCAUGAAACUGAAGAAAUAAUAACAAUUAUUGAAGAAGCAGCAUAAUGGCAUGCAAGAGAAGAGAGUUUUCUUUUUUCAUGCAAAUGAUUAUAUAUGUACUUGUUGGCAUUAAUUUACAGGUUUUUUAUAUCCUCCCUCUUGUAAGCAGAUGUACCAGCAUUGCCUGAUCAGGCCAGUCUUCCAUAAUCUGUCAUUAAAAAAACUUUGUAUUA